AACGGUCUCUGGUAACUGGCCACGAAAGCACCACUAGUCCAGGCGGCACUGUGCUUGGCAGGCCGAGAGAGGAACAGAAAUAGUGAUUGGGCAGUUUAGAUUUUUUUAAAAUAACAAAUAGGUAAAUGCAUACGCAAAGCUUCGAGCAGACGAAGGAAGGUGCCGAAAUAAAGGCAAUGAAAUUGCAUGCAGCAACCACAGUCACCAACUGAAACAGCGCCGUCGGGCGUUGGUAAAUUGCAGCGACGCGGACGUCAGUGAAAGCAUGCGGUGUAGAGCUGCUGCGGCAGUGCUGAUGUUGAAUUGUUGUUAGCUGUGUGAGCUAGCGAGCAGCAUACUGUGUCUUCAAGGACGAAAACCGGUGACAUCCUCUGUAAAUUCAUCAGACAUGGUGCAACCAGACGUUUUCACAAAGGUCCGUUGCUGGUGCGUCAUAUAGAAAAGCAGGGAUGGAGGUUGUGGUGUCCUUCGGAGCACAGGACAACGUUCUGCUGGCCAACAGCUCGGAGCAGGGGGCCAACCGAUGGAAGCACCCGGGGGAAGAUUCCGAUCGCAGCUCCAGUCCUUAUGUCCUUCGCUCUGUUGCUACCACCUGGAAGGAGGGCCUUCUGAACAGGAAGCGGCCAUUCGUGGGCAGGUGCUGUCACUCAUGCACGCCUCAGAGUCAGGAAAGGCUCUUCAACCCUAGCAUCCCCUCCCUUGGCCUGCGUAACGUGAUUUACAUUAAUGAAACGCACACCAGGCAUCGGGGCUGGCUGGCUAGGCGGCUGAGCUAUGUGCUGUUUGUCCUGGAACGUGAUGUACGAAAGGACAUGUUUGCCAGGAAUGUGGUGGAGAAUGUUCUCAACAACAGCAGGGUGGAGAGCGCCACCACGAUGGUUGCUUCAGGAGACAACCCGGUUGCCAUGGAGUCGGGGGCGGAACAAAAGGCUGUCGGCAAAGUGCGGCAAAAGGCCAGAGGGAUCCUGCAGGAAAUGGUGGCCAAUAUAUCCCCUGCGUUCAUCAGGUUGACCGGAUGGGUGCUGCUGAAACUUUUUAAUGGUUUCUUCUGUAGCAUCCAGAUCCACAAAGGUCAGCUAGAGAUGGUGAAGAAGGCAGCCAUAGAGCACAAUGCCCCCCUAGUCUUCCUGCCCGUGCACAAAUCCCACAUAGACUACCUGCUCAUCACAUUCAUCCUCUUCUGCCACAACAUCAAAGCGCCACACAUCGCUGCCGGCAACAACCUCAACAUCCCCAUCUUCAGCACAUUGAUAAGGAAACUCGGGGGCUUCUUCAUACGUCGUAAGCUGGACGACCCUGCUGAUGGCAAGAAGGAUGUGCUGUACAGAUCUCUGAUACAUGCGUACACAGAGGAGCUGCUCCGGCAGCAGCAGUUCCUGGAGGUGUACCUGGAGGGGACGCGGUCUCGGAGCGGGAAGCCCUCCCCGGCGCGGGCCGGCAUGCUGUCCUUCGUGGUGGACUCGCUCUGCAGCAGCACCAUCCCCGACGUCCUCAUCGUCCCCAUCGGCAUCUCCUACGACCGCAUCAUCGAGGGGAACUACAACAGUGAGCAGCUGGGCAAGCCCAAAAAGAAUGAGAGCCUGUGGGGCGUGGCCUGCGGAGUGUUCCGGAUGCUUCGGAAGAACUAUGGGUGUGUCCGGGUUGACUUCACCCAGCCUUUCUCCCUCAAGGAGUACCUGGACACGCAGCGAUGUCGGCAGCUCCCAGCUCCCCUCUCUCUGGAGAAUAUCCUGGUUCCCACCAUCAUCGCCGCACAGCCUGACCAGGCUCUCUUCAACGGUGAGGAAGAGGAGCAUGGGUCCAGAGACCUGUCGGACGAGCACUGGAGAAGGCUGGUCAUCAACAACCUGGCCAAGCACGUGCUCUUCACCGCGAACAAGUCCUCGGCCGUCAUGUCUACACACAUCGUGGCCUGCCUCCUCCUGUACAGGCACAGACAGGGCGUGGUGCUGUCGAAGCUGGUGGAGGACUUCUUCAACAUGAAGGAGGAAAUCCUGUCCCGGGACUUUGACCUCGGCUUCUCGGGAAACUCGGAGGACGUGGUCAUGCACGCGCUGCAGCUCCUGGGCAACUGCGUCAACGUGACGAGCGCCAACCGCAACACCGAGUUCAUCAUCGCGCCCAACGCCACCGUCAACGCCCUGUUCGAGCUCAACUUCUACAGCAACGGCCUGUUCCACGUCUUCAUCGCCGACGCCAUCAUUGCAUGCAGUGUGCUGGCGUUGUUGAGAGAGCCGGCUGGGGAGGCGGAGCAGGGCUCGCUGCGGACCCUGGUCAGUCAGGAGCAGCUCGUCAGAAAGGCAGCGGGGCUCUCCCACUUCCUGUCCAACGAAGUCGCUGUGGCGUUACCCUGUCAGAUGAUAUAUCAGGUGUUCCAUGAUGCGGUGACCCGGCUGAUCCAGUAUGGAGUCCUGUACGUGGCAGAGGAGGACCAGGAGGAGCUCAGCCCCACUGAGGAGCCCUGGCCCAAGAAGUUUGGGGAGCCCCUGUCCUGGCGCAGCGAUGAGGAAGACGAAGACAGCGACUUCGGCGAGGAGCAGAGAGACCGCUACCUGAAGGUCAGCGUGUCUGCGGAGCACCAGGAGUUCUUCACGUUCCUGCAGCGGUUGCUGAGCCCGGUCCUGGAGGCGUACAGCGGGGCCGCGAUCUUCGUGCACGGCCUCCACCGCCCCGUGGCCGAGAGCGAGUACACGCAGCAGCUGUUCAGAUACCUGCUGACCCGCACGGAGAAGAAGGUGGCCGUGUUCGGGGAAAGUGCGACACACUACCUCGUGAAGAACACAAUAAGAACCUUCAAGGAACUGGGGGUCCUGAAAGAGAGCCGCGAGAAGAAAGUCACGCUGCUGGAGGUCAGCAGCACCUUCCUACCUCAAGCAAACAGAACAAAGCUCCUUCAGUACAUCCUGGGUUUCAGCCUCUUGUAAAGCGUGACACACACACACACGCACGCGCACACACGCAAAUAUGCGCACAUGCAAGUACACAAACACACAGAUACUCUGCAAAAAGGGCUUUUGCUGGCUAGUUAAAAAAAGGUGCUAUUCUAUGGCAAAGCUUUACCAGGAAGUGCCUUCAUAAAAUGAACUUACGGGAUAAUAGGCUUCUCUUCAGUCUUCCUCCGGAUUAGACAUUUAACACGUGACGUGCAGCUAAUCGCUCAGAGCAGUGCUUGCGCACCACCCGUAAUCCCUGAAUGUACAUUUGAGCGUUUUCGCCAGUGAAAGCCCUAGCUUUUAAUCACUUUUUUUUGUUUUAACCAUGAGAAUGGGGUUUUAUUCAUCUCCGCUGUUUGUCCUCGCUCAAUAGGGCACGAAUGUCAUGCUUGGCACCCAGCAGGUUUCAGGUGUCAAAAAAGUGAGGUGAGACCGAACAUACACCACCGUCGGGAGAUGAUCGUGACGGUUACGAAUGGUGAUAAUGAACGGCGAUUAUCAAGGGCAUUUUAUUCUGUUUGCUUUUGAAGCAUGUGUCUAGGGGAGUAAAACAAAGUGCUUAAGGCUUAAGGAUUUCCAGUAUCGUGGAAACUCCAGGAACUGUAAGGCAGACGCUAAAUUUGAGGUCAUCUCACUCUCUGAGACGCUACAUUGUGUCUUGUGAGAGACUAGUUUUGCUUUCUGAGAAUUAGAUUCAGAGUUCUAGAUAUUGUGCUUGCCCAAGUGGUAUUAGAUUCAGUUUGUGGCUGGGAUAUUAAUGUGGUGACAUCAGCUGCAGAGCAAAUAUGGUAUUCUCAGUGAUCUGUAGAAUUGUCCAUUGAAGAAAACAUUCGAGUUUGACUGCGCUAUCCCAUUAUUUCUACCCGUCUGUCGAGUGAUGUCAUUAUAGUUAACACCCAAAUAACGCAUUACAUUCAGUCAACCUUGCCACAGUGUUACAUAAACAAUGUGUGUUGUUUGGGUGUACUUUCUAUCAGUGGUACAGCAGUACAAAAACAAUGUGAGUUUGUUAUAUGGUGGUGCAUUCUGUCAAUGUUGCUACAAUGUUACCUAAACAAUGUGAGUGUGCAGAUCAGAUUUAUAUUCUGUCAGCUUUGCUACAAUGCUAUGUAACCACCCAAACAGUUGUACAAUGCCGUUGGGUGUGACCUGUUAGCAUUUCUCAGCAAGUGCAAAAUGUGUAGGUUUCCAUUGAACAGUCAAUGUUGUGGUUCCUUUGUAUGUUUGAGAAGAGCGUGUUAGCAGCGUUGGGAUUUCUUUUCCAGUUUUAAAUGUGUCAGAGUAGCCUUACUGCGCUUCACUGUUGCAUUAAACAUUCUGUAACUCCUGAAGAUGGAUGGAAUCGCUGAGAAAAGUCUAAACUUAACCCACAGCUUUCUGUCUUUUCAUUUUGUACUGUAUACUACGAGUUAAGUGUAGUACUCUUUGAUUGGUUGAAGUGUGAACGGGAAGACUACAGGAGAGCUACACCCAUAAGGCGGACUGAAGCAAGUCAUUUGAUAAACUUGGCAUAGCCUCGUGUUGCUUAAGGCGGGCUAAAACUCCCAUGAAUGUGAAGUUUGAAGAUGCACAUUGUCCACAUAAGUACAACUUGUCAUCAGCGCCACACAGUGAGGAGCCAGGUGGUCAAAAUUUAAAAAUAUGGCCCCCGUUUCGUGUCCAAAAAAAAAAAAGUUAUGUGUUAUAUUUUGUAACAUUGCUGUUGCAAUUACAUUUCAAUUAUCGGCACAACCGUGUAAGCUAUGGUAAACCUAGGUUACCCUCAGCUAACCCUAACUUGAAAAUAGGUAGUAAAUCAUUAGAAUAAUUGGAUUGGAUGAAGUGUACAUUUGAAUGUCGUAGAUGUGCCUGUGUAGUCAUUAGUGAUCUGUGAAAAUACUGUUUUUUUCCCCCCUUACAUCUAUUUCACUAAAUUAUGUCAGUAAAGGUUUGAGGCAACAUGGAAACUUGCAGUUUCAAUAACGAUAAUUGUUAUGCAUAAUGAUAAUAAUGAAAAUUAUUACACAUAAUAUGUUUAACCACAUGUUGACUCUCGGUUGCAAAAAGAGAUGUGAAAAUAGAUUCCCCCCCCCCCGUUUCCCAGCUUGCUUCAGUAGGAAGGCUGUGAUAGGCUUUUGGUUGGUUUAAUGUUUGAUUUAUUUUUUUUUUUUAAACACAAUAAACUGUAGGAAUACAAUGCCCAUAGGAUCCUGCAGGAAAAAAAAAUUGUGAUUGAGUGAGGUUUGUCCUAUGACAUAUGCCUGCAUUUAUGUUUAGUACUGUGAAAUCCAUUAAAUAUUCAAAAAGAGUUUUCAGUACUGAUGUCCUUCGUUGACAAUAGCCCGCAUUUACAUUUACAUUUACAAAGGACUUACUUUGUCAUUGAAGUGGGCCUGAUUGGAAGUCACUAAAAUCUGGACCUCACAAUAGUGAUUCCUUGAGCACAAUACCCAAUAAGCCCCCACCUGGGUUACAAACAUGUUUGUGUUUGUAAAACAGGAACCCAUUCUUCCAUAUUUUACCCUUAGAUAGAAGAGUAGGUUUUUGGAAUGCUUUCUGCAGAAUUAUAAAACAGUGUUCUAGAACUCCAUUGCUUUCAAUAACCACUAACAGUUGUUACAUCAGCUAUAGAAUGUUUUUGAUCUCACACCUUAGAAUUUACACCAAGCCAUAGUGCAACAAAAACUAUAAACUCGUUAGCUUUCGCCACUUGGUCUUGUCCCUGAAGAUGUUGUGCGAGUAAGUCCAUUAGGUUUCCAAAGGCUACCAAUUUAGUUCCACUGCACCAAGUGCCCAAAUGCUACCUGUUGUCACCAGUGAGAGCCAUGCUAAUCCUCUAGUUGGAGGUAGUGCAUGGAGUACACCUGUAGUGUGUGGCAAAAUCUCUGGCUUGUGCAUUUGAGGAGAGCAAAAGCUUCAACCGCAGUUGUUCUUGCUAGGGGUACAGGUGACCGCACAUGGUCGGGGGGCACAACUGGAAAUUGAUUACAGAUUGAAACUGGGAGUAAAAUUGGGUCUGUGUGGGAGGGUUUCUGAUAAUUGGUAUGCCUGGAGAGCAUGAGCUUACCAUAGCAAUAUGUUAUCCCAUACUCGCAUUGUUGUCUAAAGAAAGGGUUGGUUUUGGUUUGAUGAAUGGUACUCAAGAUACUGAUGCUAUGCAACCUAUAUCCAUCACGCAAAUCAUUUCUGCGAACUAAUCCAUCUCAUCUCAGCAAAAUGAUGAGCGUGCGCGUCCUCUUGACUUCUAGCAUAGUCUGCUGUUAACGUAUGGAACUGUUGUGUGGAUCCUGGGUGUAGACUGGAUGGAUGCUAGGUAGAGACCGGAUAGAUGACCAGUUGCGGUUUCUAGUCCUCCACAAACAGCCGUUGUGUCCAGUUCACUGCAGUACCGAAUGCCACUGAAUGGGGUUUGGGACAUUAUCAGGGUUAAACUAACCACACCAGUUCCAGGAAGUAGAGGGCAGAGGAACUCCUGUGCAUUUAAUUUUAAAAAAAUGUGCGUGAGCAUAGCUAGCAGCAGAGCACUAAAGCCGUUCCUGCUGAACGAUGAAAGAGACGCGCUCUCUUUGCGCUUGAGCCACCGAGUCAGAAACGGGCUUCUGCCGCCGCGUCUCUGAAGCCGCUUUUACGAACAUCCGGCAGCGCAGACGAACGGUCCCUGUGAAGCUCGCCGAUCCGGCCGAAAACCAAACUAACAAAUCCAGCUCCGCAGAAGAACUUCACCACAUCCUUGAAACUUUGAACAGGGCAGGUUUAUUUCCCCUCACGGACAUACGGCCUGAUUUAUUGACACCUUUAGCAAAACCAACAACGCAACCAGUGAUUGGUCAUGGCAUUUGUUUUGCGCCAAUCAAUGGUUGUGUUAUUCAUUUUGCGAGUGCUAAAAUGUUUUGCACGUGCUGAAGGUUUCAGUAAGUCAGGCCCGUACUGGCUGGCUGAGAGCUGGAUUGAUGGAGUGAGUUGAACACUCGGCAGAGGGGUGUGAUAUUACUGAUCAAGCAUGGGGGAGCGGUCAAUUAAACUUUGGAAAAAAAUACACUCGUCUGCGUAUUUGCUGUUCUUGUCAACAGGCACGAAAAAAAAAACAACUGCAGUGCUCAUUUUGUUUCCUUAUGUAAUUAUUCUUGCACUUAAAAUUAAAAAGACAAAGCAAUAAUGAACCGUGUCCUUUUCUUAUAGCACACACUCCAAACGCAUCAUGCAUACACAUGCUUUCGGCAUAUUAUGCACACACACACACACACAAAUUAAAUAGCGCACACACAUGCACAUGCACUCACUGAACACACUCUAAACUGUAGGCAAAUAAUGUAUGAUGUAGUUAGUAAGUUGAAAAAGUCAUUCUAAUUUUGAGCUGAAAGGUUAGUGUGUGCUAAAUGGCAUUCUCUGGCAGCACAUGUGACCAAUCCGGUCUCUCGUCAUGUAAAGAGCUCUGGUCACAGUGAACGUGAGUCGCCCCGAAAACAAUGAUGUGUUCAUUCAUGCAGUCAAUUGUUGUUACAUUACAUUCUAUUAUUUUAAUCUUCAGAAAAUUAACUGCUGUGUCAAUGUUUCCUUUUCUCUGCAUGGUUAGAAAAAUGCGCUGUAAGGUAACCCUGAAACAAAAAGAGCUGUACCUCUGAUUACAGAAUCAUGGUGACGCACAUGUAUGUUUUUGUUUGGUUUUGUUUUAAAUAGGUUUAUUAAUUUAUCUCCAGGUUUUGUUUACUGUAAAUGCAUUGCUUCAUUUUCACCAGUUGUAGUUUAACGCAAUGUUUUAGCACACUUAUGAGGAUUGUUUUGUUUUUAAAUAAAUUAAUGUUGGAGAGA